UUGGCCCGGCGUCUUUUGCCCAUCCAGGCUGAGGAAGCAGCACAGAGCUGAGGGGGUCCCUGUUGGAGGGGGUGUUAAUCUGGUGGUCAGUGAAGGAGGGAUUUUAACCCAUCAGAUACCUCAGAUUAAACUCAAGGGGGGGGGGGGGGGGGCUUUCAGGAACAAACAACCUGCUUUUCUUUGUAUGAUCAGGACGACCAGGAGGACAAACGGCACCAUGAGACCCGACCUGUACUGCCCGCUGCUGCUGCUUUCUUUCAUUCUGCUGCCGACCAACAGUGAAGCUCUGAGUUGCUACACCUGCAUGGGCUCCAACAACAACGACUGCAACCGGCAAGGUUCCAAAUUGUGUCCCAGCUACUCCGAUGCCUGCGCUGUGGUGGUCGGCCAUGACAGUGGGGUGAUGAAGUCGUGCUCCUACAAGUCUUUCUGCAGUCAGGCCAACAGUCAGGGCUACAGAUCCCCAGGUGUCCGAGUUCACUGCUGCUACAGCAACGACUGCAAUGUGAUGAGCCUCGCCUCGCGCCUGCCAGGACUCAAUUAUCUGCUGCUGCUUCUGCCUCUGUUGCUCUGCUGCUUCUUCAAGUAGACAAAACCGGCCUCGACGUCAUCAAGAAAAAUCAUCUCUGCCUGCUUCAGAGCCCGACUCCAAUAAUGCCAAAGAAUCACCGCCUCAUUUUCAUUCUGCAUGCUGUUAAACGCUUUUGAUUUCACCUUAUUAUUGUUGCAGGAAGAGCUCAAGGUGUGAGUGUGUGGAUUAAACGCACAAUGUUGGAUCGGAUCCACUAAGCUGUUCUCAAGUAGAUGCAUCUUGUAACGGAUUUCACUAAGCCAAUAACCAAAAAGGAUGAUAAGGGGGAGUGCUUGAUUCAAAGGCAGUCGGUUGUUAUUUGCCUCCGAAAGAGGAAGACAUGCUUGUUAAGUUUGUGAAUUUCAGCUUCAAGGCUCAGAACAAAAUCUGUAAAACUAGAGGAUAAUAGGAAGGAAACUCUCUGUUGGGGUUUUAUAAUCACUCUCAAAUCGAAGUUUUACUUUUUUUUCCUCCGCUUUAAUCCGUCCUACCACCCAAUUAUUUCAGUGUGGCAGCAGAUGUUUCCUGAGGCUAAAAAUGGCACCAAGCGCUCAAUCAGCUGCUCUGUCGUUACAUCAUUAGCCUCCUAGCUGUCAAUCACACAUCUGACGAGCUGUGUGUGUGUGUGUGUGUGUGUGUGUGUGUGUGUGUGUGUGAGAGAUAUUUCAGAACGUCUCGUGAAAACACUUCUCACACACCACAAAUCCACAUAAGCCCAUAACAUGCAUGUGAUCGGGUGCUGAUGAGGUUAAUCCGCUGCGUUUGAAGUCUGAGAAUUACAGAGUUUUUUUAAACUGCGCCCACCUCACGGGAGGGUCGCCUUGGAGAAAUGGCUGCUGUAUAUACUGUAUCAAUAAAAAAAAUGAAUUAUGCCCAGUUGGUGAUGAAUACCCCAUACUAUUUAUUGUGUAAUUUUGUUGGAACUCGUGUUAAGAAAUGUUGAUUUUUUAAUCUGAAAACAAGUCAUAGCCAUAGACUUUGUAAGAGGAAGUGGGAGGAUGCUGCUGAUAUGUGAUGUACUGGUUCAUGGGCUUUUAUUUUGAAGGGAUUUUGGUCAAUGGCAUCUCUUUUUCUGGAGCCAGCAGUGAUUACAUCUGGAGAACAGUGUGGAUAUGCAAUUCUGCAUCACCAUAUAAACAUGUUGCUUUAUUGAAGAAGCUAUAAAGGUCACAUGUUCUGCACUCUUCUCCAUGUUUCUCUAACUCUAAUAUGUGUCUCUAGUCCGUUUACAAACCCCCCAAUGAUGAGAAAAGUCCAUCCUCUCCGUCUUCUGCCUGCUCCACUUUUCAGAAAAUGUGUGCUCAAACAGGCCGUUUGGAGAUUUUCCCUUCAUGACAUCACAAAAGGUAGUAGCCCCUCCCCCAGGUGGGUGACACUCCCACAGCUAGGUGUUUGUUCUGCCCUCUGAGUCUGCCUUCUCACCGUAAACAAUAGGACAUGGAGCGAGAAAGCACCGAGUUACACCCGAGACCUUCCAGAGAGGGGGCGUGGUCAGACACAGCUCAUUUACAUAUUUAAAGGUACAGACACAGAAACAGCCUGUUCUGAGCAGGACUGAAAUAGAGGGGUUUAUAGUCAUGAUCAAAUAGAGGAUCAGAGUGGAUUUAGAACAAGAAACUUCACACACAUGUUGAAGAGGAGCUCUGAGACUUAUUUACACUGAAGAAGAGGAGGAGAAUAUGUGACCUUUAAAAAGUUGUAAUUAGGAACAUGAACUCAUGAGGAAAACAACAAAAAUCAUCUGAGAAUACGAAUCGACUUCAUUCUUGCAUCCAGCUCAGUGCCAUUACAAAGAAAGCAAGUUUAACCCAUCGCUCCUCUGCUUCACUUUGUACCCAAGAGAGGACGUCUGCUUCUUACAGUGGAUUCUGUUUAUUUAUGUAUUUCUUACUAUGACUGUAAAUUUAUUCAUUGAAUGUAUAUUAUGAAUAAGAAUCUAGAGAUUUGACAGCCAUUUAUUCGCUGGAUAUAAUAUAUCACUAUGAAAUAUAUCAAAUACUGGGUGUACAGACUAAAUUAUUAAACUUUCUUUAUUAUGUGUCAAUACAACCAUUUAAAAGUG